CUUCCACCAUUUACCUCCACAUAGCAUUUCAGCUUCAUAGUGAUGGUACAAUGACCUUUACCACCUGACUAUGCUAAACCCGUUCCUGAAUAUGCCAAGUGACAUAGCCGGAUAGCCAGAGCUGAUUCCUCUCCGGUCCUAGCUGAGAGCGACGGACUGCGCAUUCUAAGCCAGUACAUCGCGGAGAUGGCUUUGCCACCAAGAUAUUCAUGAUCUGCCAUGAAAUGCAGCUCGCCUUGCCUUGUCCAUUAGCUGCCCUUCCGUUUGAUAUAAAAUCGAUGCCCCCUCCGGUUCAUCCCAGGAUGUCGGAUACCCAGCUGCCUCUUCAGCAAUUAAUAGGUUCACCCGGGCCUCGGCCUAGUCUAAUACAGCACCAUUGUCGUUGACUUUGAUAUUCGAGUCGAAACUCACGAUCUCCGCAAACAUGGCAUCGCUUGUUCCGCUCUUGUCCCUCUCCCUUGCUACCCUUACCUCGGCCCUGACAAUCGCCGAAGUGAACGGCCCUUCGUUCCUUUCUCCCCUCAAAGGCGAAACCAUCACCAACCUCACCGGUAUCGUCACAGCGAAAGGACCAGAUGGUCUGUGGCUUCGCUCACCUACACCGGACAAGGACGUGCGGACAUCCGACUCUGUCUAUGUCUUCAACCGCAACUUCGCUACUAACUUGACUGUUGGGGACGUUAUUGUUAUUGGUGGGAAGGUAGAAGAGUACAGGUCGAACAAGGAUUACUUGUACUUGACGGAGAUCACAUCACCGGUCCUCCAGCAAAAGAAAGAGAGCGGAAAGACUGUAAAGCCAUUGGUCAUUGGGAAGGACACCAUCGACCCGCCAAGGGAGCAGUUCUCCAAGCUCGAUGGCGGCGACGUUUUUGCAGUACCAAACAACAAGACAUUGGUCAGUGUGGCUAACCCCGAGCUUGAGCCCAAGAAGUAUGGAUUGGAUUUCUGGGAGAGUUUGACCGGUGAGCUCGUCACCGUGAAGAAGCCGACAGCGAUCGCAAAGCCGAAUCAGUUUGGUGACACCUGGGUCAUUGGCAACUGGAAGGUGAACGGCGAGAACAAGCGCGGUGGACUUACCAUGACUGAUGGAGAUGCGAAUCCAGAAGCCAUCAUUAUCGGCAGCCCUCUUGAUGGUACCAAGAACCCGACUAACACUAAACUCGGCGACGAAGUCGAGGAAAUCACCGGAAUUGUCACCUACGCCUUUGGCUUCUACCGCAUUCUCCCCCAGACAGCAUUGAAGGUCACCAAAUCCGAAAAGCCUGUUCUCCCCUCGGCAACAAAACUCACCUCUAAGGGCAAGUGUUCCGGUAUCACCUACGGAGCGUACAAUGUGGAGAACCUCGCUCCCACCAGCUCGCAUCUGCCUGACAUCGCAUCGCACAUUGUCAACUAUCUCAAGAGCCCGGAUCUGAUCUUCCUGCAAGAAGUGCAGGACAACAACGGUCCCGUGAACGACGAUGUCGUCUCCGCCAACCUCACUCUGACCACCCUGGCACAGGCGAUUAAGACAGCCGGAGGCGCAGACUACACAUUCACCGAGAUCGCGCCCACCGACGACCAGGACGGCGGUCAGCCAGGAGGCAACAUCCGCGUUGCAUACUUGUACAAGCCAUCUCUGAUCCGACUCUACAAGCCCAACCCCGGCUCCGCUCUCGAUGCCAAUGAGGUUCAAGCCGGUCCCUCGCUCAAGUUCAAUCCGGGACGCAUCGACCCGACCAACGCCGCCUGGAAGGCGAGCCGAAAGCCGUUGGUCGCACAGUGGGAGGUCAUUGGUGAGAAGGCUAAGGGCCAGGGCAAGUUCUUUACCGUCAAUGUGCACUUUGGCAGCAAGGGCGGAAGCAGCAGUAUCCAGGGUGACGCAAGACCUCCUGUGAAUGGAGGUGUAGAUGAUAGGCUUGCUCAGGCGACAUUGACUGCAGAGUUCAUCAAGUCGAUCCUCGACCAGGACAGUAAUGCGCACGUAAUAACCGCCGGCGACUUCAACGAAUUCGCAUUCGUCGAGCCUCUGAAACAGUACGCUGCCAUAUCCACGCUCCUCGACAUCGACGCCGUCGUCAAGAUCAAGGAGACGGAGCGGUACACCUACCUGUUCGACAUGAACGCCCAGCAGCUCGAUCACAUGUAUAUCAGCAAAUCGCUCGCAAAGAAAGCAGAGUAUGAGCACAUCCACAUCAACACCUGGGUGGAGUUUGCCGCGCAAAUCAGUGACCACGACCCCAGCGUCGCAAGGUUAGACGUAUGUUCAUGAGCAGCAGAACGGCCACCACACCAAUCGUGCUAGGAAGUUCGGCGACAGCGAAGGGGGCUUUAAGCGACGGAGCCAGCAGGCAUCGCGGCUGCGGAUGUCCUGUACGUUGGUACGUGGUUCGAACGCGCAUGAGAUUCUUUGCAAGGGACUAUAUAAACCAUGUUUAAAGUACAUGUACGAUUAUUAAA